AUAAUUUAUUUAAAAUAAUUUUUAGUUUCAAAACAAGCUAAAACAAGCCUUCCUCCACCGAUGUUAAUUUCAUCUCUGAUAGUCAUGUUUAUCGGCAAGUUUAGGAGAUAAAGGGUUGCUUAGUUCUGCAAUUAUUCUCCAUAUAGCACAGGAAAAAAUAAGAGAUUCCGAUUUUUGAAUAUUUUAGGGUAUUUAAAGAAUACCCACAAAAAUCCCAAAUUUGGAAGAGUGAGACAAGUCCCAACCAGGGAACUUGGUUGGGAACUCCCUGGUUGGGACUUGUCUCACUUUGCCAUAUUUGGGAUUUUUGUGGAUAUUCUUCAAAUACCCUGACAUAUCCAAUAUUGGGAAUCUCUUAUUUUUUCCUGUGUAGCAGAUGUUGUCUGUCGAGUUGUCUUCUUGCUGUUCUUGCUAUGUUUCUAGUCAAUAGUUCACUUAUUUCUUUGUCUUGAAACGAGUGAAAUGUUCCACCAUUUUGUACUCACUACCAAAACAACUCAACCUCGUCCGGUAUCCUCGUCCGUCCCCAUGCAGGUCUUCUCAGUUAACUGUUCAGUUUUUAAUUCUGGCAAUUAUGCUACACAAUCAAUGUCAUUUUUUAACAUAUUGCAAAAAAAAAUGUUUUCUACCACAUUCCUCCAGAACCCUUUACAGUUUUAUAACUAUUGAUAAGUGAUUGUUUUUUUCAUGGCUCAGGUAAAGAAGUGUGUUUCUUGCCUUUCAACAUGCAUUUUCCCAGACAAGACCACGUAUCCCAUCGAUGAAACAAUGCUGCAUAAUGGUCCACCACACACCUCUAACUUUGGUUAUUCAUAUGCCAAACGUAUGAUUGAUGUACAGAACAGGUGAGUGAUGGGGUGGGAAGAAACUUCAGCGCAGCCUUAGUUUGGAUUGAUCUGCAACACUCUUUAGAACUCAUAGUGGUAACCUUUGACUGAAUUGAUGACUUCCCCUUGGCUUCUUCUCAUGUCCUGUACAAAACAAUAGUGAAGAUGAGUGCUCCAAGUGCAGCUUUUUUCAAAGUCACUUUUUUGCCAGACACAAAAUCAUUGAUUGUCACAAACAAGAAUGGUGCAUUGAUACAUGAAAAGUUUGGAGAAGUCAUGCUAGGCAGGCGUACUUACCUUCCUUUCCACUUCUUGUAAUCUGGUAUUUUUAAUUUCUGAAGAAAUGUAUCUAUAUGUAUAACUGCGUCGCUUUAGUAGAAGGUGGGUGCCUGGAAUACCCAGGAGCUUCCACUGUGGCCAGCCAGCCCCUAGAUAGAAAACUGCGCCCAUGGCUGGCAAAUCCCUGCAACCCAGCCAUGAGCCCCCAUUCCAGGCACCCGUCACACUAAUGGAACAGUGGAAGGAAGAAAAAUAGGGAUGGGAGGGGGGGAAGACGCUUAAUGAACCGCUCCAGAGACCACUGCACAAACGCUCGACGAAGAACUCGCAGGCCGUAUACAAAGCUACCACAAACCAUGUGAGCCUGCACUUAUGGGAUUGACCGCUGGAUGCCCGCUAAGCUCGUGGGCCACUUAACCGCUAAGCCUGUGGACUGCUUGACCGCUUAACUUGUGGACCGCUAAACUUGUAGCCGGCUUAACUGCUAAGCUUGUGAACCGCUUGACCGCUAAGCUUGUGAACCGCUUGACCACUAAGCUUAUGAACCGCUUGACCGCUAAGCUUGUGAACCGCUUGACCGCUAAGCUCGUGGUGGUUAACUUAGUUAAAUUAGAUUUAACCAAAUUUAACCAACUGCCUCGCUUAAGUGGAAGGUGGGUACCUGGGAUACCCAGGGGCUUCCACUGUGGCCAGCCAGCCCCUACAUAGAAAACUGCCCUCAUGGCUGGCAAAUCCCCGCAACCCAGCCAUGAGCCCCCAUUCCAAGCCGAAGGGACUCUCCGAGCUGACGCAGCCAGAUCGGAGAGGGAAAGAGGGGCUCAGGGCUGGGGGAAGCCCUGGCCACGAACUACCCAAGUCCCGAGGCACCCUAAAAGGACAACUAGGAAAAGAGAAAGAUACGCAAGAAAUACCUGUCAAGUGAGAAGGCUUGCUACCCCCACGAUAGUACUGACGGGAGUGUGAAUAUAGAUCUGAUACGCAUCGCUGGACCGUCUGCCAAGUGUCUUGAUGAGGUGAUCUGGUAAGCCACGAGGGGCUGCUGAAGUAGCAGCGCCAAUGCGGAAGCUAUGACCGGUGUAGCAACCAAGGUCCCCAGCAGCGGAGAAGAUAGAUUGAAUAUUGGAUGUCAGCCCUUGGCGAUGUAGAGGGGUGCCAUCAGAGAGAAGAAAGAGUGGGCCAGGAGUUGAGCCACGGACGUGUAGAUACUGGGUAAGGGCGCGUACAGGGCAGAGAUCACGUUUACCAGCACCAAUGUAAAUAUGGCAACCUUGGCGAAAGGGGCCCGUCUUAGAGCACUUGAUAUGAAUCCUGAAGCUGCUUGGAUUGACUAGGGAAUCUGCUUGGACAUCACUGACAUCAAGGUGGAUGUCAGGAUUGAAGGGGGAGUUGACAGUGAACUCACAAGCGCGUAAGAAACCAAAACCCCGAGACAGCAGGCGACCCAAAGCAUGUAUGGUUGUAGUCAGAGAAGUUCAAGGACUGGAAGAUAAUGUGCAUCAGCUCGAUUGUGAUGCAUUGGCGCUGACGCCUAUUUGAGCCUGGGUGACGUUUGAUAGCCCGAAACACACCCUGUAACCGAAGGCAACCAUCCAGCGGAGAAGAAUGACCCUCCUCAAUGUGAAGGGACCGGAUUGCUGAAAGGUAAACCUUUUAUGGAUGAAUGGUGGAGAGUAUCAGCAAGAUGACAGCAGAAACAGAUGAGCACGUCUUCACUGGCUGGAAGAGCUGAUCCCGAAGGAGAUAGGCUAUUGUCCUAAGCACAGAAAUCCAAGAAGCGGCGUUGGGCAGAAGCGUAAACUUUCCUAAUAGAAGGGGCAAGACCCUGAGUGAAAUAGAAGUGGCAUUUAUCUGACAGCGAAGUUCCAAGUCGGAGAGGAGCUGCUGCGAUACCUGGGUUGGAAUGGAGUCUGCAUGAAGGGCUAGCCGGCGAAAGUGCUGAAACUUAAAGCGAGGCAGAGAGUCAGCAAAGGGGUUAGACUUCCCUCUAACUGGGGAGGCAGUGAAUGAGAAGGAGUGACGAGCUGCCAACAGGGACAGAUAGCGAACCAAGGACAUGAUGGUAGGGGAUCUUGAAGUGCCAGACCGCAGAAUGUCCACCACUGAGCGGUUAUCUGAUAGGAAGUUGACCCGUUUGGAGGCCCACUCGGGACCCCAGAGGUAAGCUGCCACGACGAUAGGGAAAAGUUCCUUGUACUCGAUAGACUGAGAGACCUGUGUUGGGAGCCAUGCACCUGAAAACCAGUGACCCUGGAAGACUGCUCCGUAACCAAGAGCCCCAGAGGCAUCUGAAGAAACCUCGCAGUCGGGGAGUGGAGCGCACUGGGGGUACUGAAGGAAGCUGGAACCAUUCCAAGACUGGAAAAACUCUUGCCACCAGGCUAGGUCAAGAAAGAACUCUUGAUUGAGACCAAUCGGGUGGUCAUCGCGGAGGAGAACGCAACUCUAACGCUGAAAAGUUACCAAGAGAACCAACGUCAACAGAAACAAAACUAUUUACAGCUGAAUUGGCUAGAGGUGGCCUAGCGACGGUGGUGAGCCCCCUUUGACUGAGAAGGGGAGCGGGACCGUUCUCUCCUUGCAGAGCGAUGAGGGCAGUGGACGCGGGGGUGGUCCCCGUGGCACGAUUCACAGAAGUGACGAAACCGGCAGCGACCAAAGGGCCAGCGACAGCGCCCAUCGUUCCAAGAGUGGCAAUACUGGCUAGACCAGGGAUUGUCUGAAGACCCCAGAGGCUCUGUUAGUGACGACGCAGAGGACGUUGAGGAGCCUGAAGCAGCUGUGGAUCUGGUGAAAACUGUAGAGGUCUGGGUGCAUGCAAGACCAGUCGGUUGAACCUGAGGCUGCGCCUCUUUUUCUGAAGGCGAUGUCACACUGGAGCCACGAUUUGUCAGAAAAGCGCCUUGCUGGCUGAAUAAUGAGUAACUUGUACUGAUUUAAAUCUUUCCAGCGAGAGGGGAAGGUGGGCAAAGAAUCGUAGAAAAGAUUGUGAAGGCUUCUAUCCAGGUGACGAUGUCUGCAAUUUCGAUGACCCGUUUCUUAGACCCUGAUACCACCAGUUUUCCCUCCAAAAACCGUUGGGGGUUCGAUUUCUUGAGCUUGGAUAUUGUCCGGAAGUAGGUCAGCCAAGUCGACAAAAAGCCCUCCUGUAAUUUUAGAAACAAGCUUAUACGGGACUGGAGCAUAGCCAGGACCCACCACAAAUGCUUUGUUGAGGUUUGGAAACGUAGAGGACUCAGUUCCGGCCGCGCCACCACAAGAGCCCCCAGCCACUACGGGCAAGUUGGCGGAGGACGUGGCGGGGAGAGAAGAGACAACCGAGGGACCGCCAAAUGAGCUGUAAGUUGAAAUAAAUGAGGUAGAGCCGGGGGUGCCGGAGCUGAAGGAUGCCGGGGAUUGCGUAGAAGUCGAAGGCGAGGAGAGAGGACCAGACGUCGCGGCCAUGUUUGAGUUCCCGCCACUUGAAUCUCGAAGGGAAGAUAGCAACAGAGGAAGCGAUUCCGCGAGAGUUCUUUGAAUUGCCUGUGCUGACGCGUUGUUGUCCGGCAGAGAAACAGGUUGACUUGGCGGUGAAGCUAAGGUGUUAACUGUAGGAGCUGGGGUAGAACCGCUAGAAGAAGGUGAAGACGUGGUAACCGGAGAAGACAUAGCUUACAAGCUGUUGUUCGUGGUUCGCAUCCUGAACGAACGUGACGACACGCACGCUUUGAAAAAUAACUGACAGAAAAAGGAUAAAAGAAAAAGCACACUGCAUGUAGGACUACUGCUCCAGAAAUCCUUAAUAAAGACGAAAGACGCUAAAUGAACUGCUCCACAGACCACUGCACAAACGCUCGACGAAGAACUCGCAGAUCCUCGCCGUGUACAAAGCUACCACAAACCAUGUGAGCCUGCACUUAUGGGAUUGACCGCUGGAUGCCCGCUAAGCUUGUGGACCGCUUGACCGCUUAACUUGUUGACCGCUAAACCUGUGGACGGCUUUACCGCAAAGCUUGUGAACCGCUUGACCGCUAAGCUCGUGGUGGUUAACUUAGUUAAAUUACAUUUAACCAAAUAAGAUAAUAUAAAUGGCCUGUAGUAUAAGAUAAAUGGAGAAAAUAAAUUAAAUACAAAAAAAAUACAAAAGUUGCUUGCUUGGCCAAAAAGCAACUUGUAAUUAAAAUUUGCUAGCCUGACAGGUCAUUCCACUGGCCCCACUCUAUUGAACAGCACUUUUGUGGUACCCUGCCUGUUAAAGAUGGAACAGGAACCCUUUUAAGGAAGAGGGUAAAAUAACCACGGGUCUUUCAUGGUACAAAAAUCAAGUACUGUGUGGAUUCUCUGUGGCUCACUAGUGGUACAUAAGGAGGUAUUGAUGCCUACUGGAUCCAUGCGUAUUAUUUUAACAAUUAAUGCCAACAAGAAUUAACUAGUGAUCAAUAUUUUGCAGGGCUUAUCACCAACAGCAUCCAGAUGGAUGUUUGUUUACUAGUGUUAUUCCCACCAAUGUGUAUGGAAAGCAUGACAACUUUAAUUUGGAGGACUCCCAUGUUCUUCCUGGAUUGAUGCAUAAAGUAUACCUAGCGCAAAGUGAGUUUGAAGUACCCAUUUGCUUAGUUUCUGAUUAUUGAGACAAACACAUGUUCAUUUGACAAUUGCAGCAAAUGCUUUUGAAUUACGAUAAGAUGAACUUAACUGCUGGAUGGUCAGCUCAAUAGGCCAUUUGCACUAAGGUCGUGUGACAUCGUUUUUAUGAAAAGCGAAAGUUAUAUGAUUUUGCCUUUGAAAAACAACUAGUGGGUCAUAUCUUAGACAAAAUAAUAGUGAUUUGGUUUUUCAAACCUGCACCAUUUUCUUAAAAUGAGUAAUUUUGUAGCUGGUCAUGUGACCAAAAUGUGAUUUUUAAUACUUAUGAAUUACCCCUUUCUGAACACAAAUUUUGUACUUAUACUUAAUGUUUACAGCUCAUCUGAGCGUAACUAUCAAACGUUUAACAAGAUAUAAGCAAAAAGUAGUUUGGGCCGCCAUGUUGGAGGGCAAGAGUGUGCUCUCCAACAUGGCGGCCAAUACAAACCAUACUACUUUGUUGAAAAAUCAAAGUGCCAUAAAAUAGCUCCCUAAAAUGCGUUUCCUCUCAAAUUUCGGGUGUAAGAUAAUUUUUAUGUGCUCUGUGUACUUUUUGGCAUCAGCAAGAUUCCAACUCAUUGUUUAAAGGAAGCAUUGGUAACGUGACCUCUUAGUGCAAGUGGCCUAUUGGUCUGCCGAGUGGGAGAUUAUGGGUUCAAACCCUGGUCGGACUUACUCUCACGGUCAUAAAAUAAGUGAGGAGAAUGUACUGCCUUUGUUCUAGCAUCUACAGGACGGAACUGCUCAAAAGUAAGUUACCAGUCAUGUCUCUUUUCCUGUGUGAUGCGAAUCACGUUGCGCGCUAUGCGAUUCUCGCCGCGCGCUAUGAGAAUCACGUCAAAGACGGAAAUACGGAUCCUUCGCGAAGUGAAUUAUACACAACAGCCUAGAGGUCGCAGAGGUAAAAUUUGUUCACAUGUUAGUCAUGGUAGAGCUUUCCCACUGAUUCUUUAAAUCACUCAAGAAUUUUGGCCAUGAUACUUACACAGUUAUAAGGCCAUUGUGCACUACGUGAGUCGCAUCCUGUUUACAGGAAUCGUGACAGGAUGGUAACUCUCUUUUUAGUGGUACUGUACAAAAUGGCUAGACAUUCUAGUCUUCUCUGAUAAGAGUGAUAAACUGUUGAGACAACUGGUCUCAGAGGUCUUUCAUUGUUCCGAUCCUUGUGGGACGUAAAAGAACCUACCCUGCUGUUUGUAAAGAGUAGGGGACAACUAGGCCCUGGUAGUUUAGUGGGGGUCAACAUUGAAACAGUAAGUGUCUUACCGUGUAUUGCAUUGCUGUAGCAGGUCCACAUCAGUCCUCAAGCUGCCUUUAUUUAUGAAACUAGUAAUAACCAAAAGUUAGGGAGUGUGUGCGACAAUGAUCGAAGGUCCAAACGCUUUUGUUCCAAUGCUGUGCUUCGCGUAAGUUUCACGUGACAGGUGGUCAAAACACGUGUGAUCAGAGUACAAGGGGCAGAAGGUCGAGAUGCGCGUGAUCAAAUUGCGUUUUGUGCAUUUCAUUUAUUCUUAGUGAAGGUCCAAACAAAUACUGGCUACAUACAUGCGUCGCAUGUGUAAUAACAACCUAGAGAUUAGGAUUGCGGGCUCCUCUUGUCGCCUGCAAUAAAAUUACUAAUGAGGCCUGAUAGCAGUAUGUAAAUUCAGUGCAUGGUUGUUGCCUUUGUCAAGCUGUGAUAACAUUGCUUUUUUUGUUCAAAAUAAAAUUUUCUCUGCUCUUUGGUUUAGAGGAAGGCAAGCCUCUUGUAGUUUGGGGAACAGGCUCACCUCGCAGGCAGUUCAUUUAUUCAAAGGUAUGAUGCCUAUGGUUAAUAACUUACUUCAUAUAUGUAUCACGUAAUAUAGUAUUAUCGUAAUAAACAGAUCUAGUAAAGAUCGCGAGAGACACAGAAAACUCAGAAAACACCAAACGCUCUGGUGCUCAACGUCUCUGAUAUUGGUCAAUCGGUUUUUUAGGUCUACACUUACCCUUUCACGUUGCCUUUGCUAAAUCUGCGUUAUGUAUCUACUGAUGCCUUCUGCCGACUAACACAAAGUCCAUUCUUAAUUAUUUAUGUCACCACGUCUAUAUUAUGGUAAUAAUUUAUGUGAGCAGCAUCUAGGUCCAGACAGCUUAGUUAUUUGAUAAUCCAAGUAUAGUUGGGAUUUAAGUUGGAGAAUGUCUGUCAGCAUAACAUUGCUGACUUACAACAGUAAAGUACUCUACAAAUUCAAGGAUAUCACAAGAUUACGAAAAUUGAUGGUUCUGCAUUUUUUUUAAAUUUAGGAUGUUGCAAGAUUGAUGAUUUGGGUUCUUAGAGAGUACAAUGAAAUUGACCCCAUAAUCCUGUCAGGUUGGUAUAAAGAUUCACUAAACUCAGUAUUGCUUAGCUGCUCCUCAUUUGCUUAUAGUGCUCCUCACUGGUAUUUAUUUCCAGUCAAAUCAAAUGUCAUCUUAAGUUUCCCUGAGAUAUUAUAUAGAAUAUGCACAUUUCCCCAAAAUAAGAAGGGAAAUGGGAGUUACAAUAAUAAAUGCUUCUUGAAAAUCCUUAAAGUCUUUUCCACCUCCUUGUCUUUGCAAACAAAUUUCAAAACUCAGAGCAACAAUUUCAUAACAAAUAGAAUAUUUAAGUCGGAUCUCUCAAACUUAAUCAGUGACUUGAAUUGAGGUUAUGUAACAUUUUGCGUUACUGAUGAAGUUAGAGUGAUGCCAACGAAAAACUUGAUUUGUUUUGAAAUUCUUGGUCCUAGUUUUGAAAUUUGUUUGCUAAAAUAUGUCUUCCCCAGAAAAGAUAAAAAAACCUUUCUGGUAACUCCUCUUCUUAUUUCUGCUUGUAAAAAUGCGCAAGGAAAGGCCAUUUCGUAUGACCUGUAGCUUUAAUUGUAUGAUUUAAUUGUGUCAAAGAGGUAAUCUGUGGUAAUGUUUCGCUGUUUGUAGUUAAUGAAGAGGAUCAGCUGUCUAUCAAGGAGGCUGCAGAGUUGGUUGUGGAAGGAAUGGGUUUCACAGGAGGGCUAGAAGUAUCCUUAUUAUAAAAUAAAUGUUCCGUUAGCCCUAUAUGAUCACUGUUGUCGCUGUUGUCACUGUUGUCACCGUUGUCACUGUUGUCGCUGUUGUCGCUGUUGUCACUGUUGUCACCGUUGUCACUGUUGUCACCGUUGUCACUGUUGUCACUGUUGUCACUGUUGUCGCUGUUGUUACUGUUGUCACUGUUGUUACCUUGUCACUGUUGUCACUGUUGUCACCGUUGUCACUGUUGUCACUAUUGUCGCUGUUGUCACUGUUGUCCCCGUUGUCACUGUUGUCACUGUUGUCGCUGUUGUCACUGUUGUGGCUGUUGGCACUGUUUUUGCUGUUAUCACUGUUGUCACUGUUGUCACUGUUGUCACCGUUUUUACUCUUGUCGCUGUUGUCACCGUUGUCGCUGUUGUCACUGUUGUCACUAUUGUGACCGUUUUUACUGUUGUCACCGUUGUCGCUGUUGUCACCGUUGUCGCUGUUGUCACCGUUGUCACCAUUGUCACUGUUGUCACCGUUGUCGCUGUUGUCACCGUUGUCACCGUUGUCACCAUUGUCACUGUUGUCACCGUUGUCGCUGUUGUCACUGUUGUCACCGUUGUCACUGUUAUCACUGUUGUCGCUGUUGUCACUGUUGUUGCUGUUUUCAUCAUUGUCACCGUUGUCACUGUUGUCACCGUUGUCACCAUUGUCACUGUUGUCACCGUUGUCACCGUUGUCACUGUUAUCACUGUUGUCACUGUUGUCACCGUUAUCAGUGUUGUCACUGUUGUCGCUGUUGUUACCGUUGUCACUGUUGUCACCGUUGUCGCCGUUGUCACUGUUGUCACUGUAUUCACCGUUGUCACCGUUGUCGCUGUUGUCACUGUUGUCAUUUUUGUCACCGUUGUCACUGUUGUCACAAGAUAAGGUAAAAGUGAAGAAGAGUUCCCCUAAAAGUCUGUAGGUCUACUGAUGGCCCAUAGCCUAUUAACAGUUGUGCACCGGAUAACAGGACAGGGUUUUCUUCUGAACCAGAAGCCUUUGCUUGCACCACAAAAAGCCUUCCACAGAGUCUACAUGCAUGUUAUCAACAAUUUAUUAAUAAAUCAAUCUUAAUCUCUGUUUUGUUCUGAAAACAAAACGAAACGAACUUGGACAUGAAAAAGGUCUCAGCAGGUCUUAAACAGGGUGGCAAAUGAACAUUUUGUUGUCUUAAACUGGGUCAUGGUUUGAAGGCCUCGACAGGACACCUCUUUCCAAACUUGGCUGGAUCAUUAUAUGCUUCUGGGAAACUGCCCACCUACCCUUCCCCUGAGCCAGUAUUUUUUUAGUGAGAAGUAAGUGUUAAAGUUGGCUUAGGGGAGGGGUAGGUGGGCAGUUUCUCAGAAAUGUAUAGAUCACCCGAUUCAGAAUGUAAGGGCUCCACCUACUCAGCCCACCAUAGUCAUGGGCCUUAGUUGUAAUCGAAAGGGAUCAUGAGAUAAAACUGUGUUGUGUGUAGUAAGAAAUGGGGACAUGAAAAGUGAAGUAGUCCGUAACAUAGAUGUUAGUAUGACACAACCAAGUCAGAUGGCCAGUUGAAAAGGACGGCGAGUAUUGCUAAAUUAAAAAAGUACCGACCAGACUUCAAGUUCACGGAUCCUAAGAUUGGUAAGUCAGCAGGUUCUUUCUGUGUUGCCUGGUCGUUGGUCUCUGAAUACAAGAACACUCUUCAAAUUGUUAUUAGUUUCCUCAAAGCAGGGUCAGCCAGACUUUUUUAGAAUAUAGAAAGGUGGGCAUAAGAUUCCUGAUGUCAUGAGAUUCCUUGCAACUAGAUUUAGAUUGAGCUUUGUCACAGGCAGCCCAAUAAUUAGACUCUUGAACCUCGUGGCCUAAAUUAUUGUAAUCCAUGUCCUUAGUAUUUUUCCUUUCUAGUUUUUAUGUUGUACGUUAUGUCCGCCUCUCCCUUUUAUUGCGACAUUCUCCAUCUAUAUAAUACUGUGAUUGCUACAUACGUUCAGUAACAUCUGUAAACCUGAAGAAGGCUGGUAUGGCUAGCCGAAAUAUUGUUAUAAAAAAAAUACACGUUGUUUUUAAAUCAGCUUUGCAGUAGUCUUUGGACUUCUCGUUCUUGGUCCAAUAAUUAGACCUUUAGCAGUGUGUGGUUCCUCUGGUAUCGCAUCGCUGAGGGUGUGAAAUUCCUUGGGGUAUAAAAUUCCUUGUGUCCUUCCCUUUUUCGGGAUAUAAGAUUCACUCGCGUCAUGUCACUCUCUGGAGUAAAAGAUUCCUUGUCAUUAAAUUUCUUGUUUCAUAACUGUGAUAAAUUCCUUGGAGCUCUUGUGGUAUAAUAGACUACGAGAAGUCCCCAUUUUUCCUCAGGGAUAGUAGAGUGAGCGAAACGCAAGCGCGUGUGAAAAUCACCCCACGCGAGAAAGGCGAGACGCGGCGGGGAAAGAUAAAAAUUUCUCGCGUGGGGUGAUUUUCACGCGCACUCGCGUUUCGUUCGCUCUACUAACCCUGAGGAAAAAAAGGGGACUACUCGUUGUCUAGUGGUAUGACAUUCCUUAGGGCUUUUACCUUGGAGUGAAAUUGCUUGUCCCAUGACAUUCCUUUCGUGACCAGAAUUCUUGGGAUAUGACGACAUUCUUUAGGGUAAAUAUUCCUUGGGGUGUAAGAUCCUUUAUGCCUUGGGCUGUUACAAUGUAUGGUCCUUGUAGUAUAAAUGUUUUAUUGGGUGAAAAGUUCCUUGUGUCACAACUUCAUCCCCAGGGUCUUUCACUACCCUUCCCGCAAAGCGAGAAGGGGAGGUAGUAAUUUGGGAUAUCGAAGUGUUUGCACUUUUUUUCCUGCAGAAGUGAUAAUGUUUCUGUUUUCUCGUCCUAUUUUAGCUAUCAAGGAAAGCUGCGAGUGGUUCCUGGUCAACUAUGAAACUUGCCGAAAGUGA